GAAGUCAAUCUUACAAACAGUGUAUUAGACUAUCCUGUAUCUAAUUGGGUUUUAAAAAAAGUCUCAAACACAUCAGGUAAAGAGUUUACGCAUAUAAAAUACACAGCUAUCAAAUGCGAUCCAGAUGAAUUUAUAAAGAAGAAAUAUUUAAUUCGACAAAAAAUUAAUGAGCGAUAUACUGAAAUAAUGAUUGUUAUUACAAUGUAUAAUGAAAACGAUACUCACUUUAUUAAAACAAUGUCUCAUCAAAAAUGUGGCCUAUAUUUGUUUAAAAAAAAGUUGAAAACAUGGGGAAAUGAGGUUUGGAAAAAAAUUGUUGUGUUAAUAGUUGCAGAUGGUCUUAAUAAAAUCAAUAAAUGUACUCUUAAUGUCCUGAGUCUUAUGGAUUGUUAUCAAGAUAGAAUUAUACAAAAACGUGUCAGAGGUAAACCUGUUACUACAUAUCUUUUCGAAUAUACUACACAAUUAAUGGUCGAUGAUGAUUUUAAUGCCUUUGUGGCUCUUUUGAACCCAAAAAUUUGUAUUUUACUUGAUGUGGGCACAAACCCUCACAAACCUCAGUUUACCACUUCAUUUGAUCGUGAUCAACAUGUUGGUGGUGCUUGUAGAGAAAUUAAAGUAGAUCUUGGUUAUAAAUGUAGAAACCUUCUUAAUCCUUUAAUCGCAUCUCAAAAUUUUGAAUAUAAAAUAUCUAAUAUCUUAGACAAGCCAUCAGAAUCUGUUUUCGGUUAUAUCUCAGUAUUACCAGGUGCUUUCUCUGCAUACUGCUAUGAAGCAUUAUUGGGUAAACCUUUGGAAAAAUACCUUAAAGGUGAGACUAUGUAUGAUGAUUCAGGUGCUACUAAGACUACUAAAGCAGAAACUGAUGUUCCAGACAAUUUGUCUGAAUUUAUUUUCCAAUAUAAUAUUAAUACUGGAGUACUGUCAACUGAAGAUGAUCAAGAAACUAUUACAAUUAAAAUUUAUGAAGAAAAUGAUAAAUAUGCCACAUAUGAAAAUAUUCCCACUCAACUAAAAAAUAAAAAGCAUGAUG